CAUAACAAAAAAACAACAUUAAAAUGGAGGUAAUUAAGGAGUUUUGUUGGGCAUUACUAAUGAUGCUGGUUUUAUUAUUACAUGGAAGUUGGCACUCUAAUGGUUGUUGGGAGCAUGAGAGAAAUGCUCUCUUGCAACUCAAGGCUCAACUCAAUUAUUCUCAUGAUUACUACUCCUUUUCUUCUUACUAUUAUCGUUAUGAUUACUACUCUUUUUCUCCUAACUAUUAUUCUGAUGAUGUUGUGUGCUGUAAUUGGAGAAGAGUCAGGUGUAGUGCCACUACAGGGCAUGUUACGCAACUCUUUCUUGAAUAUGUAAGAGAUUGGGGUUCCUCAAGAGAUUGGUAUCUAAAUGCCUCUUUAUUUCUUCCCUUCCAACAACUGAAGCACCUUAAUUUACACGGUAACAAUAUAGUUGGUUGCAUUAAAAAUGAAGGUUUUGAAAGGCUAUCAACGCUUGAGAAUUUGGAGUUUCUUCGUUUAAGUUAUAAUAACUUCAGCACUAACAUUUUAUCAUCUCUAAGUCAUCUCUCAUCUUUAAAAUAUUUAUAUCUAUAUGAAAAUGAAAUGAAAGGAAGAAUUGAUAUUCAAGAAUUGAAUAAUCUAACAAAUCUAAAAGUGUUGGAUAUAUGGGGCAACGAAAUUGAAGGCUUUAAAUCUUUACAUGGUGGUGAAAAAUUACUAAAUAUGAGCAAUCUGGAGGAUCUUGAUCUAAGUGACAAUCACUUUGGCAAUGACAUUUUAUCAUUCCUUAAGGGGCUUUCAUCUCUCAAAACUCUAUGGAUAGGAUAUAAUCUAUUGAAAGGACCAUUCAAUCUGAAAGAAUUGGACACUAUAAGCAAUCUAGAGGAGCUGCAUUUGGGCAGAAAUAACAUUACAAGAUUUAUAAGCUCAAGAGGAAUGAAAAGCUUGAGAAAUUUUAGCACACUUUAUCUAAACGAUAUCACUAUAAAAGGAAGAAGCAUGCUAUUAGAAUCAUUGGGAGCUUUGACCCAUCUCAAGAUCCUGCAUCUAAGUUGGAGUAAUUUUGAAGGGACACUAUUUAAUAAAGGAUCUUAUGUGACCAAUGUGAAAGAGUUAUAUCUAGAUGGGUCUUCUCUAGAUGAAAACUUCCUCCAAAGUCUUGAAGGACUCUCUUCUCUUAAGCUUUUGUCUUUGGUUCAACUGAAUUGCACCCUACCAAUCCAAGGUUUGACACGUCUGAAGAAUUUGGAACAUUUAUAUAUGGAUGAAUCUGUUAUUAACGGUAACUUUCUGCGAAUAAUUGGAGUGUUGUCCUCCCUCAAAACAUUAUCAAUGCGGGGUUGUGAACUAAAUAGCACAAUGUUCAUGAACCAAGGUUUAUGCGAAUUAAAAUAUGUCCAGUCGCUAGAUAUUAGCUACAAUGAACUCAGUGGUAGCUUGCCUUUAUGUCUAGCAAAUUUGACAUCCCUUCAACAGUUAGAUCUCUCUGAAAAUCAUUUUAUUGGAAACAUCUCUUUAUCUCCCCUGAGAAGUUUAACAAGUCUCAAAUAUCUAACUCUCUCAUACAAUCUUUUCCAAAUCCCAAUCUCAUUAAGUCCAUUUUUCAACCAUUCAAAACUCAAGUACCUGGGUAAUAGCGGUAGCAAGAUAUUUGUAGAAAAAAAUCACCAAUAUUUGAAGCCAAGGUUUCAAUUAGAGUGGCUUGAUUUAUCUGGUGGUGGGUAUUGUGGAGCAUUCCCCAAAUUCCUACAUCAUCAGCAUAACCUACAAUUUGUUGAUCUAUCACACAUUCAAAUGAGAGAUGUGUUUCCGUAUUGGUUGAUACAGAACAACACAAAACUAGUAACACUUUACUUGGUCAACAAUUCUCUCUCAGGGCCUCUCCAACUGCCACUCCAUUCUCAUAUGAAUUUGUCAAGAUUAGAUAUCUCAGACAAUUGCUUCAAUGGCUCAAUUCCAGUAGAGAUCGGAACAUAUCUGCCAAAAUUGAUAUAUUUAUACAUGUCGGGAAAUGGUUUCAAUGGUAGUAUUCCCUAUUCAUUUGGAAAUAUGAGCUUAUUGGGAAUGUUAGACUUAUCCAACAAUAGAUUAUCAGGUAGUAUAUCAAACUUAACCAUGGGUUGUGUCUCAUUACAUGAACUCAUACUUUCAAACAACAGUUUCACUGGAAGCAUCCCAAAUAGCCUUUCUAAUUGUAAUAACUUGAGAGUAUUGGAUGCCAGUUAUAAUAAUCUCUCUGGUAAGAUUCCUAAUUGGAUGAGGAAUAUGUCUUCUCUUCAAAUUUUGGAUCUUUCACAGAAUUACAUUUCUGGAAGUUUGCCAUCCAAUUUCUGCUCUCUAGGUAUAACAGAAGUCCAUUUGUCUAAAAAUAGGCUACAGGGAUUGUUAAUGGAUUCAUUCUAUAAUUGCCUUUCGUUGCUAGUGUUAGAUCUCGGUCAUAAUAACUUGAUAGGACACAUUCCGAAUUGGAUUGGCAAGAUUCCAUUGGGCUAUAUUCUCUUGAGUCAUAAUCAUUUUGAAGGUGAAAUCCCUCUUCAGCUAUGCAAGUUGGAUAAGUUACACUUGAUUGAUCUUUCUCAUAACAAUCUUUCUGGUCAUAUUCCUUAUUGCCUAAGAUCUAGAAAUGAUGAUUGGUUAGCUCCAAUAUCUGGUGUACGACCUGAACAACCUGUGGAGUUUACAACCAAGAAUAAUUUCUAUUUUUACCAACCAAGAAUCCUCCUCUAUUUCUCUGGAAUCGAUCUCUCUUGCAACAAUUUGACAGGUGAGAUUCCUCCUGAAAUUGGAAAUCUUGGCAUGAUCAAGGUGUUGAAUUUGUCCCACAACAAAUUGGUUGGACCAAUCCCACCAACAUUUUCAAACCUCAAGCAAAUUGAGAGUUUGGAUCUUUCUUAUAACAAUUUGGAUGGAAAAAUUCCUCAACUUAUUCAGCUAUAUUCUCUAGCUGUAUUCAGUGUAGCACACAACAACCUAUCUGGAAAAACACCUGAGAGAGUUGCACAAUUUGCAACAUUUGAACAAAGUAGCUAUGAGGGAAAUCCCUUCCUUUGCGGACCACCACUGCCAAAGAGUUGCUACAACACAUCUCCAUCACCACCAAGAACUUCAACAGGAGAAAAAGAAGAUAAUGGCUUCAUGGACUUGGGUGUUUUUUAUGUGAGCUUUGUGGUGUCUUACAUCAUGGUGUUGCUAGGAAUAGCAGCAAUUUUAUACAUAAACCCAUAUUGGCGAGGGAGAUGGUUUUACUUCAUAGAGAUGAGCCUCACCAAUUGCUACUAUUUUGUGGUGGACAAUGCUCCCCUAUUUUCCAAAUUUAGAGUUUCACAUAAUUGAGGCUCUCCAUGUUUAUUGUUUGAUGAUCUAUGUUUUCCGGUGUUCAAUUAUUUUCAUUUAGUUUUUUUCCCCCAAACCAAAUGAUGUAUUUGAA